AUGUUGCGUGUUAGCCGAGUGUCGGGAGAGCCUGUCCUCGAGCUGGGACAAGACGAGUAUCAUGCACUGACGUCCUUUGGCGGUGGUGCAGUGCGGGCAUUGAAGCAACGUGUGAGGUGGGCAACCGGGAUUGGCAUCUUCAGACAGUCGCUCGUUCGCCAGGGUUGCGUGCUGAAGAAACACGAUAAGUUGGAAUUUCCACUGGACCUGCAGCUAGUGGUCGUGCCAUUUUUGACCGAGAUGUCUAACAAAGAAAUGAAAGCAGUGCACCUCGCCGUGCGCGAAGAUGACGCACGCCGACUCGAGGCCAUCCUUCAGAAAGGUCAUGACCCGGAUGCAUGGUUGUUCUAUGGCAGGACGGCCUUGCACAAUGCCCAAGCGGCAUGCACUCGUCUGCUGAUAGAGGCCCGCGCAGGGCUAGACAUUAAGGAUUCAGAGGGUUCGACUCCUCUGCAGAUUGCACUCAAGGAAAAGAACCUAGAGGUUGCCGGCUUGCUCCUCUCGGCUGGCGCAGGGAUUAGCGGAGCUCAGCGUGAAGCUUUCGCGUCCGUUGAAGUCGCAAACUUUUUGCUGCAAGCAGGCCACAUCAAUGUGAACGAGCCGGGUGAUGAUGGCAGCACGCUCCUACACUGGGCGUGCCGUCGGGGUCAUGUGACGGUUUCGCAAGCUAUCUUAGAAGCCCGAGCUUCCAUCAAUGUUACCGACUCCCGAAGCGCAACACCGCUUUUUCUCGCAGCUGACUUUGGGAAGGUGGAUACGGUACAGAUGCUCAUCCAGGCGGCAGCAGACUUGGAUCAUGCGACGGCAUGCGGAACAACCGCUCUCCAGAUCGCACUGGGCAACCGUCGCUUGGACAUCGCACGACUGCUAUUGGAAGCUAGGGCUGAUUGGAGCUCGUCUCCAGAUUCGCAUCAAGCGCCGGCCUUGCUGAUCGCAUCCGAACAGUUUGACUGGUACAUGGUCCGUUUAUUGCUGGAUGCAAGAGCCAGCAUAGAUGCUGUUGAUGCUCUUGGGCGGACAGCUUUGCACCACGCCUUUCUGAAGCCGCAGGAUGUAGAAUCCAUGGACAUGGCGCGCUUGCUGAUAGAAAGGACAGCAGAUGUGAACAAGACGCUCGAUGCCGAUGGCUGCGCCCCUUUACAUUGGAUGUCACAGGCUGGCAGGUCAGACAGGGUUCCUUUUCUGAUGGAGGCCAAGGCCGAUCUCAACUUAAAGAACUGCAGAGCCGAGACGUCCCUGCACUUGGCAAGCAGAAGUGGCCACCACGAAGUCGUCAAGCAGUUGCUGGAACAUGGAGCAGAGGCAGACUUGGCUGACGCCAGAGGCAGGACGCCACUGUUGAGCGCGGCAGAGGUGGGUCAUCCAGAGGCUGUUAGCCUAUUGCUGGCAUAUCGGGCCGAUGUGGGAUGGGCUGAUGCCGACAGUUUCACGCCGUUGCUUGAGGCAGCUUGCCGUGGCAACCUUGAGUGCGCUCGGCUGCUGAUCCAGGCUGGUGCUGAUGUGAACAGAGCCAGCUUGAUAACCGGCGCCACGCCGCUGCACAUUGCACAAAAGCAUGGCAAGCACUCCGUUGCAAGGCUGCUCACAGAUGCUGGGGCAUCCGGUGCCGGAUCUGGUGGAUACCCGGGAGAAUGA